AUGUCCAAGAAAGGCCUCAGCCCAGAAGAGAAGCAAGCAAGGACCCUCGAGUUCUUCCACGAAAAUGUCGGUCACUGUAACAUUCCUGCUCUUGAACGGAAUAUGCAUGACUAUCGACAUCGAGGAAGACUAGCAGCUGAUGUUUUGGCUCCUGACCACCAAUACAACCCCGCCAAAAGGAUAGCUUCUUUAUCCUCAAAGACCUUGUCAAGAUCUCACAUUUUUGUCAUCCUCAAUAGCUCGUUCCGAAGGCCAAAGGCGUCGAGCGUGGAGCAGACUGUCAAAAGCUUGGUCGAUGAUGGGCUGGUCCACGUCGAAAAAGUCGGGACCGUCAACCUCUUCUGGAGCUUCUCGUCCGAGGCCAGUCUGGCGACCUCGCGCGCAUUGGCCGGCUUGAAGGCCGAGCGCGACCGGCUGGAGGAGGAGAGACGCGUGCUCCAGAGUGCACUCGAAAAGGCUGCCGCCGAUCGGGCGGCCAACGAGGAACGCGAGAACAAUCUCCGGGAGAUUAAAGUCUUGAGACAGGAUAUCUCAGACAUGAGAGCUAAGCUCAAAGUGUUGAGUAACAACGACCCACAAGUCUUCGAAGAAAAGAUGAGAGUGUGUCAGCUUUACAAGAGCGGGGCGGAAGUUUGGACAGAAAACCUGUCGAUGAUGAUGAGCUACUGUCGCAACGAAUAUCAGAUCGACCGGGCAAAAUUCUGUGCACAAUUUGAUCUAGCCGAAGAUUUCGAAGAAGCGCCGGAAAAGAUCGAGGCUGUCGAAGAUACAAAAGAUUAA